UUUGCCGACAUAUGAAUAGCCAGAACCAGUCAGUAGAGUAUGUUCCGUUCCGAUCAUUACUCGGCAGCUAGUAUUAUUAAUAACAAAUAACAAUGCAUAUCUCAUUCAUUUACCUGUUUUGUUUUUCAUUCGUUGCCGUGAGCGCUCGAAAUGCUUUUAUCAUGGACGAACGUUUUGUGUGUACCGUUAAGAGAUCGUGUCUAGAGUGCCUCAAGUUAUCUCAAUGUUCGUGGUGUCCGACAGAAAACAAAUGUUUUUCGAAAACACUGACGAAAUCUUCGGACUAUUGUGGCAACGACACUAUUCGGCACGUAGAUUAUGGAUUUAGUUUCGAAGAAAACGCCGAGUGUUCGUGCAGUAAAGGUGAGGUGGAUGGGAGCUGCUAUCCACCAGGUGUCACCGAAGGGCCAGAGUGCUCCGGCCGAGGCACUUGUGUUUGUGGUCAGUGUGUGUGCAACCCGCAGCCUGAUCCUCAAUACCCGACUAAGACCGUGAUGGGCGAGUACUGCGACUACGACAAUUUCUCGUGUGACGACCCUAAAUGCAAUGAAGGGCCGUAUUCUCUCACCAACCCUAACGUAGUACUGGACGACCAAACUAAAACGAUCGCCGUGGAAAUACCAGCCUCAUAACAUUAAUGUGAACUACUCACCUAUUAUUUACUUAAUUUAAAUAGAAAAUAAAUGUAUUAGAAUUAUUUAAACGAAAUAAAUAAACACAGAUACAAUUCA